AUGCCCUCGUUCCCGUCUCAGGAGUGUCAGAUGUCGCCUUGCAGCGGAGACCCACGUGCCUGGUGCCAAUGGGGACAGGCAUCCGCGGCGGCGUUGACUGUCAAACAGGCACCAUGGGUUCAGCUGGCUGGCACGGCAGAUGGCAUAGCCACUGCUGCCCGUCUGUUGUUUCGAGAAGGGCGGACGGGCAGUUCUGGAGCCAGCAGUGGUGGUGUUCAUGCACUUGGGCCGGCCGGCGGCGCGCCAGUCGCACUUUGCCCUCCCAGCCUUGUGGAGCACCCGGUACAGCGGUUCGACCAGGCUAGCAACGACCGUGUUUCAAUCUGGCCUUGCUCGGCUUGCGGACUGCCUGUGUGCCUGUGUGCCUGUGUGCCUGUCCUGUGCCUGUCCUGUGCCUGUCCUGUGCCUGUCCUGUGCCUGUCCUGUGCCUGUCCUGUGCCUGCGUGCUCGCGCUCAUACUCGUCAGUCUGGCGCUCCCCGCAAUCUUGUCGCCCGACAUCACCUCAGCCCGAAGUCUUGCUCUCUAAUCUUACAGCCAUCCCUUGCAACGUUGCAUUGGCCUGGCACAAUGCUGCUGUUCGGUCGGUAGCUGAAACGGCUCCCUUCUGUUCCAUCUACGGGGACGGUCGCACCUCGCUACCGUCGCCGCCCCCGCAGGACCUGGAUCGUCGUCGCUGA